GAGGCUGUCUGCUGCCUGCAGUCUGCGCUCAACGAUCUGCGUUAUGUUUCUCAAAAUUAGUAAGAACUACGAAGUCCCCCAGUAACUACUUACUCCUCUACAUUUUAGAAGUUUACAGCUUACUUGUCCGCAGUUCUGCAGCUGGAAGGAAAAGAGCUUCCCUAUCGUAUCUCAGUCUUCUUAAUUUAUUUUCUACAGUACGGUAAACUCAGCGGAAAAAUGAACGGAUUACGGUUGGGAAUGGAAAUCGGAUUCAAGAAGAUCUCGGUGGCGCUGUACGAGAACGGUGUGCCACGCGUAAUCUUCAGCUUCCCAUCAAGCGCAGCCUGCAGUAUUGAUCGCACCGAAUGGCAUUUUGGGACGAAUGCUUGCAGCUAUUUAGACGACGCGCACUACGAAAACAUCCCAUCGGUUAAACACACGCUGCUAGCUCACAACUACGGUCCGAAGAAUCCGCUGGUACCCUGUUACUGGAACGUCUCUUCGCGUACAUCAAGAUGAUCGGGGAAAAUGAACGGAAGCAGAGUCUGCGAGGCGUUGUUGUCGUUUUAUCGCAUGGCCUGGAUGGUAAUUACGAGAUGCGUCAACUUGUGAUGGACGCCUGGCAGAAGAACAACGUGCCCGAUGUGAUGUGCAUCUCCGACAUAUCGGCCAUUCUGCUGGCCUACACCGUGCAGACACUGGACCGGCAAUCCAUCAACACCGACGCCACAGAACCAGUUUAUCUCUUGAUGUGCAAUGCGGAUUCCGAACACUGCCGGGUGGAGUUCUUCGAGGUGAUCAGCAACAGCCACGUGAUUAAAAUCCACAAUAACUGUGUGCUGUGGGAUUGUUUCGCCGAUAUACGGCGGCGCGUUGUUGCUGCGAUAUACGAGCAGCUGUUGAGUGCGGGGAUGCCGGAAGUGAAUCAGCGGGCGCAGCUGGAGGAGGAGUGCUGGAGCCAGAUGGCGGUGUUUGACGAUUCCCUAACCGACAAGGUGACCAUUCGCGCCCCGUUUCACCAGUAUGCUGUGACGUGCACACGGGGCAUGUACCACGCGGUGGCGGCGCCAGUCAUCGACGCCAUCCGACAGCGUGUCGUUUCGGAGUUGGGGCGAUUCGGGAUAAUGGACGCAAACACCGGGAACAUCAACGGGAAAGUGGAGCUGCUAUUGGUGGGCGAGAAUUCCCGGUUGGGGCUGUUGCGCACCGCGUUGGAGAGGAUAACGAGGAGCCAAGUGAUUUCCGGAGCGGCGAGUUAUGUUGACGAUGCGGAAGCGUUUGGUGCGGCGAUUGCCAGCAGUCUGGCGGGGAACAGCACGCAUAUCUUCAGCAAGCAUCUGAUCUUCCGUUUGCAGGAGGGAGUAGCAUUCGAUAUAGACAAGAUACUGAAGACACUGCCGCUGCAUGACGCGAGCGUUGACCUGAUGCAACCGGCGCGGGAUAUUUUCAUUAGUGACCGUCAGGAUGUUUUCCUGAUCGGGGACUUGCACAUGGGUUACCAUAAAAAGCCCGUUAUCAUUCCCGGCUUUCGCCUGGUAUUGUCCUCUCCGAAGAUAGGAAGCUGCAAAGUGCAUUGUAUUAGCCUGGAAUGCAGUGUUGACGAUCAAUCGGUGACGUUCAUGCGGAUGCUGCUGGGGAAAGGUGUGCGGAUUUCGUGGUGUAAAGGGCGCGAUCAAAAGGCCGACGAAUGCAUCUCGCUUGAAGUCGAGGCGUCCUUUAUGUAUCGAGCAAACGCUGGCUGGAGUGCUCUUGCUUUUUUUGUGGACAAUGCCUUUGCCGGUGCUUACAAGCCGUUUAUGGAGGAAUAUCGCGCGCGGGAACGAGAGAUGUUAAAUGCGUUUCCUUCUUCAGCUGACGCGGACGAAUCGUUUCCUAAGUUAUCGUGGCCAUCAUCGUCCUCGUUUGUCGCUCUUGUGUCGGACCAGAUUCCGACCAAGUAUUUGCAUGGCAUCCAUAAAUACCAACGUCAUCCAAGCAUUGUCACAGUUAAUCAGUGUUUCAAGCAUGGCCUCGUUGUCGUUAUCCAGCAGUGCCAGGAAGUGACGGGAAAGCUGCAAGUGAUGGGAAGCGUUUGUUCCAUCGAACAGCCGCAUAAGAUCCACCAUGACUCCGCGGAAAGGGAUACGAUCGUCAUUGAACUGACCCCGCAAACUUGUGUUCGCGUCAGCUUUCCCGAUGAAGCCACCUGCUGUGACUUUCUUUUAAGAUGUUCUAUUUUUUGGAAGUGGUGGUGCAAACUGUGACCGGUAGAUGAGUGAAAGCCAGUAAAAUGUCAUUAACUCAUUAUGUGAUACUUGAUAAACAAAUACUCUAACACAGUGCAUCGUCGAGUCAUAUUUGAGAAAUGUUUACACAUUGGCAGUAAUUUCGCCAUUU